AUGGAUGAAGCUCUCAACAACACCAUUGAUCCAGCUUGUUUACAAGAUCCCCCGCUGGCUAUUGACGUGAUAAAGCAGCUAGAUGUGUUUGAUUUCUGCCUGUACCUCAUGCUGACCUUCAUGGCCUGCGUAUCCCUGCUGCUGUACCUGGAGCAGUGCGCUUAUAUUUAUAGAAAUAUGCCCUACCCCAAGAAGACCACCCUCAUGUGGAUAAGUGGUGCUGCACCAGUCAUUGCCACAAUGUCUUGUUUUGGGAUGUGGAUCCCGAAGGCAGUCAUGAUCACAGAUAUGACCUCUAACUGUUAUUUUGCAGUGGUGGUGUAUAAGGUCUUGGUUCUGAUGAUCGAGGAGUUGGGCGGCACCAAUCAUUUUCUGCAGAGAUUUUCCACGGAGACCUUUCGGGUCAACACAGGCCCGUGCUGCUGCUGCUGCGCCUGUCUACCCCGCGUGCACAUGUCACGGCGAUUGUUAUUCUUCCUGAAGUUGGGAGCUCUUCAGUAUGCAAUCCUAAAGACGGUGCUCUCCAUCCUCUCCAUAGUCUUGUGGACAAACGGCAACUUUGAUCUCUCUGAUUUAGAGAUUACUGGUACAGCCAUUUGGAUUAACCCGUUCAUUGGCAUUCUCACUAUCAUCUCCCUUUGGCCUGUUGCCAUCAUCUUCAUGAACGUUAACAGCCAUCUACGCAGCAUCAACUUGGUACCCAAGUAUGCCAUCUACCAGCUCAUACUCGUACUGAGUCAGCUGCAGACAUCAAUCAUUAACAUCCUGGCAUUGGAUGGCACCAUCGCCUGCGCCCCUCCCUUCUCUUCUCAAGCUCGUGGCUCCAUGCUAAGUCAGCAGAUGAUGAUCAUGGAGAUGUUCAUCCUCACUCUGAUCAAUCAGAGACUGUACCGUCGUACGUAUGACGCACUUCCCUCAGAGGAGGCACAUGACAACAACCACAACGCUAAAGUCGCCCUGCAGACUGCCCUCGUGGAGCAUGAUGUCUAA